AUGGGAAUUGCAAAUGCUAAUUAUGAGUUCAUAUACUGUGAUUUUGGAACCAACGGUCGAGUAUCUGAUGGAGGGGUCAUUGAAAACACCAAAUUUAUGAAGUAUUUGGCAUCAAAUAAACUUAAUUUGCCAGCACCAGAGACAGUUGUACCCGGUGAACCACCAUUGAAUUAUGUGUUUGUAGGAGACGAAGCAUUUGCAAUGCGACACGAUUUUUUAAAACCUUAUAAUCAAAGAGAGCUGGACUAUCAAGAAAAAAGUAUUCAACUACCGUUUGAGUAG